ACCUAGCGUAACGAGCGUGAACCGAAAGACACCAAUCGCUUGCAAAAGGAAUAGCGAGUGAGCGAACUAGCAUGUUUGUUGCGGCGGUGGGGAGUUCUAUUUUUUAAAUUAUAUUUUUGGCGAAUUUCGGAAUGCUAUAAAUAAAUAUGGCUCGUCCAGGAGAACUUAAUCUUCUAAAAGAGCCUCAGCUCAAAGAGAAAGACAAAGAAACCUACAAUGGAUAUAUAACUACUUCGGUCGCUUCGGUUGACAGGCCGCAGUUUACGUCUUGGACAUUUCUGAAUGGCAAGUUAAAAGUUGGGCCCGUCGAAUCGGGCAGUGGAUUUAUAAUUCUGUGCCUUCUUUGGCUCGUCUUUGCUUCGGUUCCCGAGGGAGUUCUUCAGGGAGUUUGCACAAUGGUUCAGCGAAUUUUUACAAUUUUUUUGCCUCUAGUUUGUCUGGUUUGCGUCUUUUAUUGGGCAGAGCUACUCAUUCAUAAAUACUGUAAAAGCCAGAUCUCGUAUGUUGUGUUUCCCGUUUGUCUGUUAGGAGAGCUUUGUACACAAGUUAUCCUCGGUGGAUCAGAUUUCCUUCGAACUACGUUUCUCUUUACCCUGGUAAUGGCUGGGUUAGUGACAACUGUAUUUUCAAAACUAAAAAUUCUUCCUACCAGUGUAGCGCUGCUGCUUCUUACCACAGCUCGCAUGUCCUGCUGGAUAACUCUUCGCGAUAUUCCAUCGUUUCUCCGACCAUUUUUGGCCUAUUUUUCAGCAUUUAGUGGGCUGAUAUUAUCAAGAAACAUUCAAGCGUUUUUCUCUGCAACUGCGGGUGAAGCUAUUCAAAGCAAAGCUCCUUUAAUACGAAGGCGAACUUCUAGCGUUUCAUCCACUAGCAGUUUAAAUAGCCGGAGAAGACCUUCGCUUCCAGCGCUAGGAACUCAACCAAAGGUAGGGAAGCUAUGUGAAUGCAUCGAUUAUUUCCUUAGCUAUAGAUUACGAUCUUUAUAUUAAUGGGCUGGAAGAGCAGUUUAUAACUAACCAGGAUCUUUGACCUGUCAACCCGAGGUUUUAGACAAGAAUGGAUUUGCCAUCGAGAUUUCGUCUAAUUUAGCAUUUAUACAUGAUCGAGACACAAGUCGUUCAUUCAAAAUUUUUCCUGUAUUUAUUGUUAUACUGUUUACAGUGGGCCUUCUGUUUGUAUUUUUACAGUAGAGCUGGUGUUCACUUUGGGAACCAGCGGCACCUUUGAUUUUUUCAAUGCUGUUCUUUUCCAUGCGAUUGAGUGUUCUCGAACGAGCGGCAGGGAGAAAACCCACUGUACGCGAUGUACAUUCGGAUUCGCAUUAAUCUUUCAUGAGCGCGAUUAUUAAAAAUCUUCCAAAAUAUCAGGUCACAAUCUCUGUGAACUUGAAUAGCGUAUGUUUACUCUAGGUUCUUUGAAAUUCGGCUGGUGUUGUUUGGUGGAGCUGGAUGCUGGAUUGAAUAUUUGCUGUUUGUACGGCAAGAUUUAUGAAGCAUCUCUAAUCUUAGCAACCCUUUUUAUCUCAAAUCACCUGCAAUACUCACCAAUUUUUGUUGUGCAAUAUAUUAUCAUUUCUUUGUUGGUUCUUCAACAUUUGUUAUGGAAAUUAUUCGUAAUCUGGCGAAGCUUGGCUAGAUUUGAAAGAGCUUGGAUUUGUGGCUUUCGCAUCGUUUUUCAGUGAAAGCUCCCCAUCAGAAAACGAAAAUAUGAUCAUUAAUUUCAGUCCAACGAGCUUUGGGUCUCUGUUUUGGUCAGACACUGUGAAUUGCAGUGUGUUAUUGCUUUAAGCUGCGUACUUUUCGACUAAUUCUUAUUGUAAGGUUGGAGAUGUAAUUGUAGAUUUUGCAAAUGACACAAAAAACAACUGUCCGUUUCCCACAAGUCAAAAUCGUACUUCGGUUUGGCAAAUUAAAGCUAAUGACUAACCGCUCAAAAUUGCAAUACCGGGCUAAUUUUGGUAAAAUAUUAAUAUUUCCUGAGUUGAGGACAAGACCUAGUUUUUUGCGGCCGCGUCAGAAAAUUUUUAAAAUUUUCUUGGCUUUGUUUACAGAUGUUGCAACAAUUCUGGAACAAUACUCAAAAAUCUUACUUCUGUUUCUAGCGCGUCAAGAACUAAUCGAAUUGGGUGCUUUUGUUUCUCCGUACAUUCAACGAAGGAUAAUGUUUUUCAGGCACAUUAUUUGUUAAAAGGAUAAACAUUGGAGAAUGCCUGAUAUUUCGUUAACUUAUAAGUGAUCAGGUCCGCGGUUUACUUUCCAAUUCGUCUCUUAACCAAAUACUUGUGCUCUGAACGGUGCAAUAUAUAGAAACGUGCUCAUGAGUGACCAAAUCAGUAAAUACGCUAGAAAAUCAGAUCGGAUUUUCCUUGUCAAUCACACUUAAAUUUAGAGAAUAUGGAAAUCAGAGUGCAGAAGGACGAUUAAUUUAUCCUAAUCUGUGAGAUUUUUGUGCGUGUGUUGUCAUUUUUAAGUGGCUCAGGUCUGAGUGCUGUUGAAAGAGAUAUAUAACUAUUCUCGCCAGUGUCAAGUUGCGCUUAUAAAAAGCUCUCUAGUUAUUUACUUUGAAAACGAGGUCAUGUAAAUCUAUUUAGCUCUAGCUUUUAGCUUGGCAAUGCAACCAUUGUAAAGUUCAACAAUGCAUGGCCACAAAAGAGUUAAAAACUUGACUACAAAGGAACAGAUAUUUUGUCAUUUGCUAAGUGUAUGUCAUAGAAAUCGGGUCAUGGCCCUUAGAUUAUCUGGAAUUGUUUACAUUCAUAACAUUUUCCACUUUGCUUACCGGGAAGAAUGUGCAUAUGCAAAUGCUAGAUCUUGCUAAAUUGCUUGAUACAAUGGCAGCCAAUUAUGCAAUUAAGGAGGGGUUGUGCCAUCUUCCAAGAGGGAAAAUCUCACUGUUUAGUUUAUUGGCAACCAAUUAUGCGAUUAAGAGGGAGUUGUGCCAUCUUCCAGAACAGAAAAUCUCACUGUUUAGUUUGUUGGAGUCAUGUAGAACAUUCUUCAUAGGUCUCCCCACAAUGCGAUGCAGAUCUCCUAAUCUUGCCUGUUUUAAUGAAGUGACAUUAUGUUCUGUGGUAAUUUCUGUCUGGACAAUGUUUCACCUUCAGUGACCAAACCACUUUUGGGCAUAAUGCUAAAUGCUAUAAUCCUAUAAUAUAAAAAGGUGCCUGAAAUCUUUUAGAAUUGAAUUGUACACUAGAAACCUAAUCUCUUAAUGGCAGUUCCCUCUGUUUGUUUGAACAAUAAUUGUUAAUUUAUUUAUCCAAUUGUAUUGUUAUAAUCUUGUUAAUGUUUGUAUUGUUGUGAGUACUUUAGUAUCAUGAGAGAGUGUCUUGGACUAUAGUUUUGUGAUUUGAAUGAGUUUGAUUGACAUAAGGCCAGCAAAGUUUCCUAAUCACUUGUAAAGCUGAAGAGACCCAGUUCACCAAUAUUCAACAUUUUGUUCCUCAACAAUCAUUGAGCUAUUUUGCAGCUUGUUGCAUGAGAAGAUUACAAAUGAACCAUGGUGACUGCCUUUGUUCAACAAGCUGCACCUUGUUAAAUGAAGUACAGCCCAUCUUUGUUCUCAUUUAGGGUUCAACUUGUUGAAUUAAUGCCAUUCAAUAUGGCAUGAUACACUGUCCAACUUUUGUUGGACAAAAGGUGUAAAAUGAUUUGUUCAUCAACCAUGUUAAUCUUGAACCAUGUAUUCAAAAGUUUGCAUGUAAUAAAUAUUAUGGUCUCUAUUUAGUAAGAGUUGGUAUAUCCAGUGUUUAUUAUUCCACAAGUGCGCAUUGGACAUGAGAUGGUAGAUAGCCAACAUUAGGCCCUUAGCGGCGAUUUGGCUGUAGUCAUCUCAUAUCCAACAAGCACGAGUGGAAUAAUUGUUGUUUUAUUAAAAACACUCACAAAAUAUCAAGAAUUCUUCCCGACUUCAUUUGAAAAAACAACUAUUUUCAGCUUGUUUUUAAUUUUGAGCAGAUGCGUACAGUUACCAUGUUUGGAGAGCAUGGUAUAAUGGCUCAUAUACCACAAUGGCUAAGCCAAUUGGAGCUCUAGAAUUGCGUUAUCCAAUGAUUCAGUUUUUAAUGAAAGGUAUUAUUCGGGACAAAAAUGGCGUCAAUAACUGGAGUUGGCCACUUAUAUUAUGGGAAUAUAAAAAUUCAGAGUUUUUAUGGGAGUUGAGAAAAACAUGGUUUUGUGAAGGCAGCCGUAAGUAGAGCUGUCCGCUUAUCCUUUUCAGCCCUAAGAGUGACCAGCAUCACAUUUCUCCUUGUAAAAUCAAUAGUUUGUAAAACAUAGUGGUAAUGAGAAUUACAGACAUGAUCACACGAGAUGAAUUUGCUUGAUAUUUUAUCAACUUUUCCCCACUACUUCUGAAGGAAAUGAAUAGGGGCAACAAAUGCGAAUUCAAAUUUUGAUCUUUGGGUUUAAAAGGUUAUGAGAGUGUCCGUUAGGAAAGCUUCUACUGUAAUGAAGUUCUAUGGUUUCCUUUUCUAUCGCUGGCAAAGUUUAUAAGACAGGGCAGUGGCAUUAUUAUAUUGUAAAAAUUGUGUGAGAGAUCCACAUAGUACUGAAGAUGUCUUUAGGUGCCAUUACGAUUUUUAUCACCAAUGCUGGUAACAUAUAAUAGGGGAAGUGUUAGAAAGUUUUUUUUUUUUACUUUUUUUGGUCAUGAGUGAAAAUUUGUUUUAUUUCUUUGUAUGUUUGUAUCCAUUUUUCUCUUGUGCCUGUAGUCACAGGAUUGUAUUCAUUGCAAUCCUAAGAAGUUAUAUUAGCAACCAUUCACUAUUAAACAGCAGAAGUAGUGUAAAUUUUAUUUUUCCACUGUGAAUACUGCAUUUUAUAUUUUUCAAUAAUAUUGUUAUUUUUUUCUUUUUCGCAUUGAUUAAUGUCACGUAGUAUCUUGAAACUCCAGGUUACUUGUUGCUCUCCAGUGUCACUGGCCAGCGCUAACCCAGGGUUACAUUUUAAUGUGGGUUUCUUUUUCAGUUCUUUGAGCAAAAGCAUUUUCUCAAAUAAUUUUUUCUAUUUUUUCAGAGCAUCCAAUCAUCAAAUUGUUGAUAACAAGGAGUACACUUAAUUUGCUUUUUAACGUUUCAUAUCUGAAUUCACAGUUUGAUCUACCCUGGCUUGUGUUAUCGUAUCCCAGCUUUAAACAACCUGACCCUGGAAUUUUUUUUUUUUUGAGAGAAGGGCAUUUAAGUUGUCAAUCAAUUAUUUUGUGUGCAUGAGAAGUCAGGAUAAGUACUUACCAUUUUGGGUUGUUUCUGUGAAAUUUUGAUGAGAUGUUUUGAAUAGUUAUGAAGUAUUUAUGAGGAGAAAUUUGAUAUGACUGAUGACAGCCAUAUGGAAAAAAUAGAUCAAAAAAAGCUCAGAAAGUUGGUUAACAUGAGCGAUCAUUCCAGUUUAGUGUUAUUUUAGGAGAUUGCUUGAUGUAAUUAAUCAACUUGGUAAACAGUCAUUUGACUUCCAAAGUCAUGAAAAUGCUGCAGAUUAACAAAACAUACACUGAUACAUACAGCAUGUGGAUUUCUGAAAGUGUGGUGUAAGUUUUGUUUCCUACUCUAUAGCAGCAAGAGGAAUGUUUUACCAGAACAAUUUGGAUGAGCAGAUGAAAAAUCUCUUGAAUUAGUUUUACCAAGUAACUUCAGGGAGUCUUGUGUCAUCCUAUUAAAUUAUAAAAUUCUGCUUCUGUACACAACCACAUCUUUACAAGUGUUAAGAUGACUGCUUUUGUUUUCCAUGAAAGGGUUCAGUAGACUACACAACAUUAGGAGAAGCCCAUGGCAUGAUCUCCGACUUGCUUGCAGAUUCCAAUUUGCCACCCAAUGUGGCAAGCAUCCUUAAAAUAAUCAGCACAAUGAUAGCUCCUCCCACGGCUUUCCAUGUGGGACAACGCCCUUUUGUGUCCCCAAUGUCACCACUCAUUGAGAAAUUCCGUGAUGAGCACCAGGAGGCUAAAGUCAAAGAUCAGCCAGAUUUGAAGGAGGACUUAUCUUUACCGAUGGUGGGGGUAAGUAUUCUGCACAGGAAAAUAAUACUAAUAUUAUUAAUAUCUUGUGCUAAGGGACAGACCUUUAGAAAACUGAUAGGGGGCGGGUGAAGUACAAAAAAAUAUUCAUGCAAGGGAAAAUUAAAUGUAAAAAAAUUCUUGCACAACAAUUAAUCCUAAAAAAUGUUCAUGCUAUUGCCUAAAAAAAAUUCAUACAAGAAAUUUGAUAGCGAAAAAAAAAUUCCUGCAGCUCGAAAAUCCCCCCGCCCCUUCAUAACUUUCCUAAUGGUCCGUCCUUAACAAGAGGAGACUGGCUAUGAAAGCUGGCAGAAAAUUAUAGAUGAAAUGAAGGGUGUUGUGAUUUAAGUUUGGACUGCUCUGACCCAGGGCAGGAAAUAGGCAAGGGUCCAGGCAUUCUCUAACAAAAUCAUCAACUACGAUGAGCCAGAAGUAGCUCCUGGUAAGAAAAAUGGGAGAGCUGCUUGCUCCAAGGACAAAUCAUGUGACUAUGUGCUUUCCUUACUGGAAUGUCCUUGUGUAGUUGAUCGUGCUAUUGGCAUAACUUCCAAAUCGACAGUGCUAUAAGCGAUUGCCAAAAUAAAGGAAAUUUGUAAAAAUGGGGUGAAGUUCUAAAUGGCAGGGAGAUGUUUUGGACUUCCAAGCAAACCAAGGAACCCUUGUCAAUGUUGUUAACCCUUUGACUCCUGAGCGCGCUUUUUGGCGCGCUUCCAAAUAAGGUGUACAUUUUAUCCCAAAAAAGGCUCCAAAAGGCUCCAUAUGAUUUUUAUAUGAAGUUGUUUAUCGUGUUAUUUCAUUUCAAUCGAUUUUUCGCCAUUUUGGACGAACUUUUUGGCAAUAUUUCCUCGCUGUGCUAAUGAUAACCUUUAAAAAUGGCAUCAGACACGAAUGGAGUUGAUCAAACUAUAUUCGCAGCACCGGAUUUUAGCGAUGAUCCAGGUUAGGUGAAGAUUAGUCCGAUUAAAUGGACGAAGAUACUGGCAACAAUUCAGAGGUUGAGCAUGCAGAUACACGGUGUGUUGGUCAAGAAAAUAUCGAAGAAAGAGAGCAAGCGGGCACUUCGGUGGCCACAAGAUGAACAGUGUCAAUUGUAAGAGACUGCUAAAGGCAAACAGCUCUCCAAAGAAACGUUAAGUUAAUACAUAUAUACAUUUUGAAACCCUGAUAUGUCUACUUUCUAAAUAUGUACGAUUAUAGGCACCUUUACCUCAAAGGGAACUUUUGAGAUGUUAUUUAGUGUAUGUAUGUCAAAACUGAAGCAGUAUGACAGAAAAACUCAGGAGUCGAAGGGUUAAUGAAACAUCACAUUUCAAAAUGAUCUCAAAUGCCUUAGGUGUAUAAUGGAUGUGAAACUAUUGUUUUUGUUUGUUCUCUUAAGUAAAAGAGAAAAAUCUAGCAUUGAAGUCAUCAUUAAUGUCUUGUUGUUGCAACUGCAGAGAAUUCGACGCAAUUUAAUUGCUACAGGAAGACGCAUGUCGAGUACAUGGACAACAACUACAUCUGCAACUGGCAUGCCCACUCUUGAUCCUGAUGUUACACUGGGGCGGAGUACUCCAGUUCUAACUUUUACUGAACAUAAUAAUUCAAAUACUGCUACUCUUACAAUUAAGAGUUCUCCAAAAUCUUCACCCUUAGCGGAGGGUGCUGUCACAAGUACUAAAAAUGGCCCUCAAGAGACAUAUGCCAAACACAGACCUGCGUGCUUCAGCCAUAGUUUUCCAGCGCAAGGCUCACCAGUUUUGGCACGCAAAUUAUCGCCUGAGAUGGCACCAUCGGGGUCACCUCUUAUUCCAAGGAGGUCCCCCGAUCGAGGGACUAUGUCUUCAUCAUCAUCGUCACCAAAUUUGUUGAGAAAAUCUCCAGAUAGAAUGUUUGCCUCAUCAAAUGUAUUCAGAAGACUUAGCAGGGAGGAAACACAGCUUGUUAAAGAUGCACUUGAGCAGGCUGAACAACAACCAGAUGGAAAAAGCUGCGGUGGAAGUGAUUCGAAUAUUUCUAAGCCAUGUACUUGUGACUGUCAUAAUGAUGGCUCUGCAUCAACUGAAGAGGAAAAUAAAACUAACCAAAUAACUAAGGACACAGAAAAAGAGUCUAAUAAUUUGAAUGAAGACACUCCAGUGUUGCCCAGGUCAAAGGAACUUGAUAAACUUUUAGAUCAGGUCACAGACUGGAACUUUCCAAUAUUUGAUGCUUCUGAACAUGGGUAUAUCUUGACACAGGUAAGGGAACAUCUUAGGUGUUAGAGGAAGCUAACUGAGCAAUUUUGGUUUAUUAAAAUUCAAACGUUGCAGUGACGCUUGGGGGAAUAAGGUAAAAGAAAUCAGCUAAGUUGACAUUAAGCAGGGUGCAAAGAAAGUCAGUUUUACAGCUUGCCUGCCAUUCAGGCAAGUUGUACCUAGCAUGUACUAGCCCAAAAGUCAUUUCAACUAGCCUGAAAAAAAAUUGAUGAGCAGGAUUGAUUGCAGUUCUUCUGUAAUUUGAAUUCCCCCCAAAAAAUCACUUUCCCAUCAGGCCAGUUAAGAACAGAAUUCACGAGCCCAAAAGCAAACUCCACUAGCCCCAGGCCAUUGGACACCGCAUUGUUUACACGCUGCAUUAAGGGAUGAAUACUACACUUCUUUUGGUUUAUUCUCCUGAGCCUUAGAAGCAAUUUUCUAAGGAAAUUCUUGGACACACCCUGCUGUUUUGGACUCUUGCUAUGAUUACAGUUGAACCGCCGCUAACGGCCACCUCUCUACAAUGGUCACUUUUUUCCGUCCGGGCGGACAAAAAAUCCAUACAUCGACUCUUGUUUAAAACCUCUCUACAGCGGCCACCUCUUUACAAUGGCCGCUUUCUUCUGUCCCCAAGUUGGCCAUUGUAGAGAGCUUCAACUGCAAUAUAUGUGAGAGGUCUACAUGCUGUCCAAUUUGCAAAUGAUUGGAUGAAAAACAUUCUGAGGACCGCCAAAAAUGGACAAGGCCAUAGGCCGAGUCCAAUUUGGCUGUCAGAGAAUUAUUAAAAUGUUAUUAUAAGAAUUGCUCAUGAGAAUAUAUAAAGUUACCUUAGGAAAAAUGAUUUGGCAUUUAAACAAAUUCUCUCAACUGCUGAGGAAAUGUACAUAAUACAGAUCAGUCUCUAGAAUUUGUAGGUACAGUCAACUUUCUUUAUAGUGGACACUGUAGGGAGCUCGAGUUGGUGUCCUCGUUAGCGAGAAUCUAUAAUAGUUAGAGUUUAUUUCAGUCAAACAUCUGUAAUCUGUUUUUGCCGGGGAUUUAGCUUCUGUCCAUGUUAGCUGGGUGUCUGUUAUAGCGGGGUGUCCACAAGGCGGUAGUGGACUGUAUUGGACGAGGCUGUGUAUGAUUUGAAGAAUUGUGCAGAUUGAGGAGCGUGUUUGGCUUCAGCGAAUAAUACCGUCCAAGAUUUCCAUAAUUCUUGAGAUCAUACGAAAGCUGAAUCCAAGCAUUGCUGUUUUAUUAUUCAUUCAAAAUCAUAUUAUUCAUACUUUAAUGACAUGCUUACUAGGAUCAACGUGUUGGUAUUCAUCUUCAUUUGCCUUUUCUUGGCCGAAUUCAUAUAAAGCAGGGCUCGAAAUUAAAAAAAUCCGCCGGUCACCUUUUGGUAACCAACUGGAGAAAUAUAGUCGCCAGAUGCAAAUUUUUAGUCACCAGUUUGUUUGAUGUAAAUGACGCAGCUCAGAGUAUGGCACGAUCCAUCAGAUUUGAUUGUUUGAAAAUAUUGCGCACAAAAGUUGGUAUAAAUUUGGAGGUAAGCUGGAUUUGUUUAUGCAAUUUGGCACAUUUUUUAUGAUGAAAGCAAGACAAAAUGAAGUGUUUGUUUUAACGUUACUUUUUAACUUAAAUCUAAAUCACAGAGAAAUCUAGUUGCCAAAGUGGCGACUAAACCAGAAUUUUUGGUUGCCAUUUGGAGAAAAUGUUAGUUGCAUUGGUGACCGUAUUAGUCACAAUUUCGAGCCCUGUAAAGUUGUAUUUUUUGCUGUUCUUGCUAUUUUCUCACACAGUAAAUUGGCUUUUUCUUCUCCAGAAACUUGUAAAAGUUUUGGCCUUUUUCUCCAGCACUACCAAAACAGCCAAGCGAACACAACUUUGUUCCCUGGGCUCCUUAGUUGCUGUCUCAUUUUCCAGCAAUAUCCAAUUCUGUACUACUGACAUCAAUUUCCUGGAUAUCACGAAUGUCUUCCAAAUGUGGUUAUAAGAAUUAGCUGAGAGAUUUGAGUUAAUCAGAAACAGAGAAAUAUUCUGAAUGAAUAAUAAUUAAUGGGACUUAUAAGGUUAACGUCUGUGGGAGGACUGUGAUACUUAUAGUGUAUAACUGGAGGAUACUGUGCUGGUGUUUCUUAAGAAGCUACAAUCCUGAACAAAAGUCUUAGUAUUUUAUGUUUCUGGGUGCCCUUAUCAAACAGUGCAUCCUGUUCGAAAUUUUCUUGCAGUUCUCCACCCCCAACACUGCAGUGCAAUAUUGAAACUCUAAAAGAAAUUUUGGAUACUGGUGUCCAACGUUGGGGAAGGGGUUCGGGCAUGUGUGAAUUGAAAAAAAUCCUCACAAAUUAAUGCAAAUGUGUCCCAAGACUUUUGUCCAUGAUUGCAGCUAUUGCUUGGGCCUCAUUUUCUGUUUACAGAUCAGUCUGCAUAUAUUUAUUUUUGCAGGUAACGCACAAAGUGUUUCAGAAAGUUGGUCUCUUUGAGACAUUUAAAAUUCCCAUGGACAAAUUUUUGAAUUUUUUCUUUACCCUGGAAAAUGGGUACCACAAAAUUCCUUGUAAGUAUCAUGUUUUUUUAUCAUUUUUUCCUGUACCUUACAGUGAUCAAUUCCAGCAAUGGCUUGGCAUGUUUACAUGGUCUUUAAAAGGGUGCUUAUCAUUAAUUUGUCAGAAUUGGCUCCCAGACGGGACCAGUCCAGUUAUAAAGAGAAUUCCACAGUUAACCCCUUAAGCCCUAGUAUCAAAAUUCAAAUUCCCAUUUGAUGUCCCUAUACGUUUCCUAUAAAAGUAGUAACAAGAAGUUGUUGAAGUAUCAACUCAUUGUAUCUUGUGUGAUCAUCUCCUUGAUUCUCAUCACCAGUCUGUCAUAAAACAUUGAUAUCACAAGGACAAUUUUGAUACUGAUCACCCUUAGGGGUUAAAGGGGAUACUUCACAAUGUUGUUGUUAAAGUCAGUUCUGUGCUGAAGUCAUAACUUUGUGGCAUCACCCAUACACAAAAUACGUACUCCUAUAGAGUACUGAAGAAGAUAUCAAACAUGAGGGAGCAUUGGUAAUGAUAUUUUUUUUUGGAGGGGGGUAGGGGAGGGGCAAAUUUUUCAAGGUUCAUUCCAUGUCAAUCCUUACCAGCUGUAGCAACCAACGAAAAGAAACAGUCACAAUAGCUAAAUAUACUCUGAAUUAACAAAACUGGACCAUUGUUCGAAUUCAAUUGACCAGAGGACACAUUUUAGCGUUUCAAAAAGAUAGCAACUAGCGUGACAAGGCCUUGUUAAUAAGAACUAUCCAGCCAGAUCAGUCCAUUUCUAAGUAUUAUGCACAAAAGUAAUGCGCUUAAAAAAAGCCUGUCUCAUUUGUCCAGCCAGCCUGUUCUGACUUUUAGGAAGUGCCCUGAGAGAGCCUAGUGUGCAGCGUCAGGACACUUUUUGUUGUUUUUUGUGCUCUUGUCUUUUUUAUUGGGAAGUUUGACUGAGUGCCAUGAUUCUCUUUUCUGCAGAUCACAAUAGUAUACAUGCGUCCGACGUUCUUCAUGGGGUUUUCUUCAUGACCACAAAAGAGAUACCCGGCUUCUGUCCCAUAAAUUCAAAAUUAAGCACGGACAGUGGGUCGGAUUCAGACAGCGGGCUUAACGGAGAAGGGCGACAGAAAACGAACAAGGGAGAUUAUGGUUCAUUAAAGGACUCCAUUCCACUGUUAGAGCUUUUAGCGCUGUACACUGCGGCCACUAUGCAUGAUUAUGACCAUCCUGGAAGGACAAAUGCGUUUCUUGUCGCAACACUGUCGCAACAGGUAAGUUUGAACAGAAGAAGUGGCAGCCAAAAGGCUGAAGGAUGCUCAUGAAAUUAGUUUAGACAUGGGUAUAGCAUGAUCUGAGAGAAAAGAGAAGAACAGGAACCCGCAAUGAAAAUCUGAAAUACAACUAAAACAAACCAAGGCUGUCCUCUACCAGCACCGUGUAACCCCCCGGUAUUUACCGCUGAGCAUGUAGCAGUAAUAGUCUGUUCGAGGCUCCGAGAUAGCCGGGUCCGCUGAAUUGAGAAAGCGCAAACGUGAAAAAAAGCGCCAACUUUUAGCGUGCCUUUCACUUUCGUUUCUUCCCCACUAUCUUAGAGCCUGGAAGACGCUAGUAGCAUAACAUUAUCCGGCGAAUCUGCUUACCAACUUUUAGCCUGUCCAGAGACGUUUUUCUUAUUUUAUUUUUCGACGCGGUGAAUAAAUCCCCCGUGGUUUUUAUUUUCAUACACGCGCCCAAGGAUCCCUAAAAAGAAAAUAGAGGGUGUGUGAAUAGGCUAGCCAACUUGGGGCACGCCCUGCAGAAGAAUACGCGAAAAAAACUACGUCAAAUCUCCUUCUCGUAGUCGUUCUCUUCCUAGAAUCUAAGGUCUCUAUUGUCUUUGUUUGUUCCUUUCUUUUCCCAGGCGUUGCUUUAUAAUGACAGAUCAGUGCUGGAAAACCAUCACGCUGCAGCCGCUUUCUCUCUUCUCAUGUCCGACCCUAAGUAUAAUUUUUUGUGCGAGAUGGAGCCGGUGGAAUUUAAACGCUUCAGAUUUCUGGCCAUCGAGGCUAUCCUGGCCACUGACCUCAAGAGACACUUUGAUUUGCUAUCAGAGUUCAAUGCGAAGGUAGUAGUUUGUUUUUAUUCUCGUUAUGUGCAAAGAAACCUUCACAGCUAGGCGUUCUUUUUGCGGUAACGGGAAAGUGAAUAGAUCGCUUGACCUACGUAGACACAGGGACAACUUUUAGGGCCCGAAAGUCAAAAGAGUGGGGGGCUUCUAGCACCCUAACCAUUCCAUUUUGUGUCUUUAUCUGAUAAUUUUAUUAUAUCCUUUUCAACACUCUAAUUAAAAAACUGGACCCUGAAUGUAAACACGACAAACAGCCUUCCAGAUCUGCUGCUUAGAGAGAUGCGCAAACAAACAGCGAAGUCGCGAGAAUCUUUGCGGCAGCAUUGAGGGGCUGAUAACUCUUCACUGUUUUGAAUUACAGAUCUCUGAGGGGGGCGGUGUAGAUUGGAGUCAAGAGGCGGACCGUCUCUUAACACUGCAGAUCUGUAUUAAGAUGGCAGACAUAUCAGGGCCAAGUAAGCGAAGAGAUUUGCACACUCGAUGGACCGAACGGAUUGUUGAGGAAUUUUAUGAACAGGUAUGAUGACCAGUGUUCUUUGAGGGUUUUUCAAGCAAGGGAUCGUUUAGACCAUGUGAGAGGUCAACGACUAGCCUGUUCCAGGCGUUCAGAUUUGAUUGAUAGAAGAAAAUCGAGCAGGAAAAAACAGCGACGGGGUUUCCCUUUUUCUUAAGUCACUCUCUAUUUUGCGCCACUGUGCACGAUCUGAACAGGCUAUGCCGACAGUGGCAGGACCACAAAGUUAAUGUGUGGAGGUAACAAAUUUAUCAGUAAGAGAUGCUCAAGUCCAAGUUACGACUAGCCUGCGAGCAAGCUCUUCUUGUGGGGGGAUAUCGUGAGAAAUCGCGCGAGUGGCACGCGAGUCACGAGAGGAGACAACGCGCGGCCCGCUUCGCUCGGAACUUGAAAUGUAGAGCUUUUGUACAGGCUAAACAACCUGCAAUUGCACCUCAACGUGAGAAAUAAAAUUGAAUCGCAAUUCUAAAAACCUUUGGUUUCGUACGCUCUCUUCGCCUCCCGUUAUUUGAUGCGUGUUAUUUAUCUUUAAUAUUUAUGUUGUUUUAUUUGUGGCUAAUCGGAAAACAACCACCCUGGGUACCAGAGUAUUUUCUCGCGCGAGGACGCACGAGGCGAAAUGUUUCGGCGUAGCUGCGGGUCAUUGGUUCACUACAGAGAACUGGAAACCGCGCAGGAGGCUUGGGGACCCAGGGUUUUAAACAACUUAAAACCGGAAAAGGUCUCAAUCACAUAAAUGAAAAAACGUUUCCCCUAACAAUCUGCAGGCAGUUGUUCCGUCAGUUGGGUUUUAGUGACCCAGCCGUGUGUUAAUGUCCUCUUAUUUUGUUUUCAGGGCGAUGAAGAGCUUGCGCGUGGAAUGCCAAUUUCUCCUUACAUGGAUCGCGACCAGCCGCACGUCGCGCAGUUACAAGAGUCGUUUAUCAAUCAUUUGGUAGCCCCUCUCUAUAACGCCUACGCGAACGCGGGUCUUCUGCCAGGGGAAUGGGUCGAGACCGACGCAAGCAGUUCAGAGCUGGAGAGCGAUGACGAAGGAUCUAGCGAAGAAGGGACGAGAAAUCCCGAAGGCGAACGAAGAAAGUCGAAAAAAUCCCGACGCAGGAAACGGCGUAAGAUUACGAGUGAUUUGAUAACAAACAUUGAGAACAAUUAUAAAAUGUGGCUGGAGGUGAUUAAGCAAGAGGAAAGAGAAAAACGGAAAGCGAAUAAAGUGGAAUCUGAAAUCAGCGUAGAGAAUGAUGUGGAGGGAUCGGACGAAGAGUUGAUGAUGAUAGAAACCUCGCUGAAAAAUGAAGUUAUUGAAGAGGAAGAAAAUGGUUCUGAAUCUGGCAGUAACCCCACUGAGUCACGCAAGCAAAGUAACGUAUGAACUGUAUCACGCAAUGAAUUAACUUAAUAAUGAUAUGGCGGUUAGUUCUUCAUGUCAAGCUAACUUAUAGUCUCCCUAUUCAUGUUAUUUUCAUUUGCCAACUUGGACAUACAUAGGGAGACUAUAUGUUGGCCUGUCAUGAAGUACUUACUGAUAUGGCUUUGUUGUCAUGUUGCGCAAGUACCACUGCUGUAAAUAGAUAACGUUAACUUAUACCCAGGGUUUUGUCAGAGCUUGCAUGCGAGAACCGAAACUUGGCCAUUUUGUGUUUCGUUUUGGCUAUUUCGCAAAAAAUUGUAAGCUACUUGGCGAGAGUUUAUUGCAAAGGGUACAAAUUGAUCAAAAGUGGGCUGAAGUGUACUGGAUUUUCAAGUAUGUAUAUAUGGUGGAACCCGCUACAACACCAGCUCGAGUGUGAUAUCAUGUACAUUGUCAGAGUUCAUUCAAAUAUUUGAGAAAAGCUAAGGGUCAUAAUGUGAAACUACUCCGUUAAUACGACCAAAUUUUCAUGACCCGAACGAGGUCGUAUUAACGACGUUUCACUGUCCUGGGUAUUGAGACUUGGGCGAGAGAGACCAUCCAACGUCGAUACAGUCUUAGCUAAAGUUUUUCCCUGCUAUAACAAAACUCUGAUACAGAAAAUUCUCACAGCCCUACAUCAGGUCGUUGCAGUGUUUCAUCGUGGCGCCGGCCUUUUGUGGCAACAGCGAAUGCCUGGUUGGUAACUUGAAUUCUAGCGUUCUCCUCCUAGUUCAAGGAUAGCUGCUUGA